CUCGAACCGUGUCAGAGUGAAUCCGUGCUAUAAAAGUACCAUGUUAUACGGGGGAUGGUACCAAUUCUCGAACCGUGUUAGAGUGAAUCCAUGCUAUAGAAGUGCCGUGUUAUGCGGGGGUUACCCGUAUUUUGUAGAUCGUGGAAACACCAAAAUAAUUACUUUAGAAUAAAUAAAACAGGUAAUUUCAAAGUUUAUGACUCUCUAUUUCAAGCUGUGUAGUGUAUGCUAUCAAGAAUUGACUCUCAACAAUGGCAUAGUGAAAUAAUUCAAGAACUAUUGAGAAUAUUACCUGGAGGAAAAGAAAUAAAUGUUAAAGUAUAGACAAAGUCGAAACGGACGAUGAUAAUAUGUGUAUUGUGGGCAUUCCCUACGUAAGUGACCAUGUAAUUGAGACUGGUCUUGUAAGAUAUAGUAAAUAACAUUCACUCUGCAUAAGCUUUGCAGUUAGGUGGUUAAAAGCAUGUAAAAAUUUGUAUAAAUAAGCUAUAUUUGAAUAUUAUAAUUAGUAUGUAAGCUAUAUGAGUUGUAAAUAAAUGCAGUGUGAAGUCCAUUUUAAGAAAAAACAAUUGAGAGCUAGGAGUGUGAUCUUUGAGUUUGAUUUAAACUAAUAAAAAUUGCAGAUUAUCUUAAUAAACAACUUUUGUCUUGAUACUUCAUGUAAAUUGAAGUACACUAUAUGAAUGAAAAUUUAUAGGGAUGGGUCAAAAUAAUAUAUUAUUUAUCUGUAUGAGUGAUAAAAUUUUUUUCUGUUUUGUAAAAUGAAGGUAAUACAGUACCUAAAUCACAAUAAACUCACUAAUUUAGUCAAUGGCAUUUACAUAAUUAAUUUACAUUUUGUAAAUUAAGCACAAAGCAAGGUGGCCCAAUUUUUUCAGUUGGAGACAAAAAGUGCAUUCGAGCUUAUGUCAUGGCUGGGAAGAGAAUUUUUUUAAAGUGGAAAUAAAGUAUCUUAUUGAGUUUUAUGUGUAGCUAGACAUUCUGAGAUUGCUGAGCACAACGCAGGCUGAUUAAAGAUGAAUGCCAGUUUUCAUUUAUGUGGUCAUUCUAUCGUGUGUUUCUGAGCCACUUUUGUCAUUUCCCUCACUUUUAUGCGCAGAAUAGAUUAUGGACGCCAUUAUAUUGAAGAAAUGACAAAAAAAUUCUGAGUGUAUUCACAUGGCUAAGAAUUAGGCUUAUAGGAACAAAUUCGCACUAGUACCACCCAUCGUACACGUUUAUAUACUUUUUUCGACCCUUCUUUAAACUAUUCGUAAUUAAUAGACGGUCCCGUGGUAGUGCAGACACCUCACUUGUCAAACCAAAAUUUUUUUGAAGUUGGAUACACAAGGGUUCACGCAGAGUGUCGAUAUUCGCUAUUCGACACUAUCGCUUCAAUAUCAUUUUCUAACAUAAUGUUAAUGUUAACGUAAUAAAUGCAUGCGUUAUUAAAAGAUCAUUGUCAAAUGAAACCUAAUACAGUACAAAGUGCAAACGAAUGGGAACGUUUAAUUCUUGUUUUCAUAUUUGUUCUUUGUUUAUAAUAUCUUUUAAAUUAACUAAUUUUUAACUUGAUAAAUAAAAACAAAAAAUUAACGUAAUCCUUAUUUAUGUGAGGGCCCAAAUCGAGUUCGAACCUGUGAAAAUUAUACAAAUUGUGUAAUAAUGAGCGCGGUGCGAAGAUAAACGAGUUCCGAACACGAUUCCGAAGGGUGUUAAGUUAACAUCCGUUGAGUCGGCGACGCCGAACUUUCACACCAACGCUCAUAUACAAAUAAUUGGAAGUGAACUUGAUCGGGAAAGGAGAUUUGACAAAGGAAAAUAAAAAAAAAGUGGAAAAAUUUAUUGACGUUUUAACCGUCAUAGAAAGGAAAUAACGGAUUAAAAUGUGAGCGCAGGUGUCUUAUUUCCAUCAAUAAUACCGGUCAGAGGAGAAGGAUGGUGUCGAAUAGACGAUCCAAAGUAGACUUUUGUCGUGACCCAAACUGAUCUCGGUUGUCACCUGGAGACAGAAGAGAGACCAAUCGGGUAGCGAGAUAAGGGAACUUAAAUCAAUCGAAAAGAAGACUCGGAGAAGAAAUUUUAUAAAAAUCCCGAAACUCGAGGUCGAGAGGAGCUUUUUCUAAUUGUGUGAAACGACUAAGCACUCCGUGUCGUCGUAUAAUUGGGAUCGUCCCAACUUCAACUUCUUUACUUAAGACCUCCACUAGCCUAGGCUGUCAUCAACUGUCCUCGCAGUUCCAAACCAUCGAUUGUCACCGCUACUAUCUCAUCGACUGGCUGCACAACCUCGGUCGAUUAAGCGAAAGGCACUAGUAACGAACCUUACUACGACCGACGAAACAUUAGGAACAACCUGUUCAUUUGACUAAUUGGUUUUUAUUGUCGUGCCUGCCUUAACCAUGACGUUUUUUAGUAUUUGGAUGUAUAAGCAAGAUGUGGAGAUGUUGAAAAAAAGUAAUAAUUCUCCUUCCCGUUUAAGACGGUACAUUCGAAUUGUUCUACAUGUGCUCCAGCUGGGACCGCUUCUCAGAUACAUAGAUUCUCUAAUAUAUGGUUUAAAAUGCCGGAGAAAUAAAGAUAAAGAAUUUUAUCAUAGUAGAAUGCAACACGAAGGAUGCGACGCCGCUUUUCUAAGACUACUUGAAGCUUUUAUGGAAGCUGCACCUCAAGUAAUAUUGCAAACUUAUAUAAUUGUUAAAAAUUCACUAGAUGACCCAAAUUAUAUUUUGACUGUGAAGACUGAAGGCUUUUCAAUUUUGACAUCUCUGAUUUCUCUUCCCUGGGCUUUGGCUUCUUAUCAUCGUUUUUCACGUUUCUGUCUACCUCGAAAACAAAAUAUUUUGUGGAAAGGAACAAUUGUUCAAUUACUGUGGCAUUUUUUUACAAUUUCUGCAAGAGUGUUUAGUCUUAGUUUAUUGGCAACAUUAUCUCCUGUAAUUCUUGGUAUUGGAUGUUUUUGUCAUUGGUUGAUGAUGACAUGCUGGAUUAUUUCAAUGAAAACAUCAUUUUAUGAAAACAAAUUUCAAGAAAUAAUGUACAAUGCAAUAUUGGGUAUAGUUUUCAUUUUUUGUUAUUAUAAUCCAAUUGAUUCACAAACGAGAUAUCGAUACGUAAUAUAUUUUAUCAUUACAUUUAUUGAAAACACCGCAAUUAUAACACUGUGGUAUUACUAUAUUGAUCCUUUACCUUGGUUUUAUUUAUAUGUCAUGGUGAUUAUUGGCCUUAGUUUCUUCAUUGGCAUUUUCUUCAUGAUUCUUUACUAUUUGACUCUUCACCCGACUGGGAAAAUAUCAAUAUGGAGAAAACCCAAUUCUACUUCUGACCAAAAUAAAGAAAAUAUACCCAUGGAGAAAGUUUGAGAUUUAGUAACCGAGUUUCCAGUGUUAAUUUUAAAAUACUCCUAAUUUGUAUUGAUAUAAGCAAAAUACUUUAAGUAACUCCUUUUUUUUUAAAUUUUCUUUAAGUUCUUUAAGUACUUAAAAAAAUUGUUUUAAAUAUACAAAGUAUAUUAAUAAUUACAUUGUAAAUACUUUUUCUUAGAUUUUUUUCUUGUAUGUUUUAUAUUAUAUUAAAUCAACUUUUAAGUACAGUUAUAUAAAUAUAGUUGUUUAUAAGCAUAUUACAAUAUAUGUUAUGUCAAAAACUUUUUAUAUUGUUACAUUAUAUGAAACUUAAUGCUCAUUGAAUACUGCAUUUUUUACCGGGUAUAACUCACAAGUUAACCAUGUUUAGAUGAUAAAUUGAAAGCGUUACAAAAUUAGGUUACACAACGGGGCAGACUAUAUGCCAGUUUUAAAUUGUAAUCACAACCUUGUACCAAUCACAACUCCAUAUAUAUCCUGAGCUACUAUGCCACAGGCUCAGGAUAUACAUGGAGUUGGGGUUUUGUGAAGAUUUUAUUUUUGUUCUAGCAAUUUGCUGUGAAAUGUAUGCUGCUGUACAACAUACAGUACAACAAACUUUUAGAUCUGGUUUCUUUAUGAAAAUUUUGUUUUAAAUUGUAUAUUACCUUUUCAUAUACCUGGGCAAUAUCAAAUGAUCUUAAAUUUAGUACUUAAUUCAUCAAAAAAGUACUUUAAUUCUUACUAAGUCAUUAUUUUUCUUAUUGGAAAUGCAACUGUACUGUACAUGUUUUUGGGAAAGUACUUUUAAAACAUUUCUAAAAAUAUACAAAAUAUAUUUUUAUACAAAUUUUUUUGUAUAAGGAAAAAAA